UGUAGUGACCAAUCUCGGAGGCAUAGGCCAGGAGAUACACCGACCGUUUCUCGCACUGUCUAGUCAAGGAAACCUUGUGUGAGAAGGCAAAGGGAGCGACCAUGAGUUCAACUAUCUGGGUUAAUAUUUCUCGAUGGGCCGUAUUCUGGUGUAAGCGAGCGAUACUAAGAGUGAUUUGCAGAACAUUUUUCUUGAUGACCACUGUACUCUUGUUGUCUGUGACAAUCAUGGCAUAUGGCUCGGAUUUUUCGCCCGUCGAUCACACGCUUGUCCGAGGCAGACAGGGUAACAUUACAUUUGGUGUGGCGAGAGCAGGGGGCUCUGUCCCCACGGAGAAUAGCAGUCUCGGGUUUCGAGCAGCUGAAUACGUCUCUGUGAAUCGAAGUAUUGUGAACGUUACACAACUAACAAAAACUCCCAUAGAAGCCAAAAGUGUUUUCAUACAGAAGUACGCCAACCAUUACCCUGAAAACGACACGGACUUUCUCGUCGAUAUUAGCCGAAUCACAAAAUGGAAAUGGCAACGGAACACUACCAGUAGUCAAAUCUUCAGAAAUGGCUUGCGGGAUGCAUUGGGAGACAUGGGGAAACCGGACAAAUUUAUCCUCUCAAAACAAAACGUUCAACUGGGCGAGAAAAUCAACUUCUACAGGCACAAAGCAUUUACGAGGAUAUCAAAACAGCUGUGGCAAUUAUUGCCCAAAGAUUCGCUUUAUAAGCCGGGAAUGAUCCAGCGCUGCAGUGUGGUUGGGUCUAGUGGCAUCCUACAAGGCUCCAACUGCGGACAUAAGAUAGAUAGCUCAGAUUACGUCUUCAGAUUCAACCUCGCUGAUGUUAAAGGUUACGAGAUAGACGUUGGUAUCAAGACCAAUUUCACAACAAUGAAUCCCUCAUUUUUAAUUACAAAAUUUAACUCGCUGAAGAAGACAGAGGAUCGCUUGCGAUUUCGGAACUUGUUGAAUCAGUUCAAAGGUAGUCACCUUUUUCUCCCGGCUUUUGCUUUCAAAUGGAGAUACUAUAUGCUUAUCCAAGCUGCGAGUGUUGCUAAAAGGUACACAUCUGUACGCCCUAUCUUCGGCCAUCCUGGUCACUACGCCUCAGUAGCAAACCUUUGGCAGAGGACACUUAAUGGAUCAAGAUGGACGACAACAGGCCUCCAUGUUCUCUCCUCAAUAUUUGACGUGUGCGAUAAGAUAGACGUGUACGGUUUCUGGCCCUUUGCAACAUCCUUAGACGGCCGCGUUGUACCUUAUCACUACCACAACGAUAUCAACGGCACCAGAGCGCACAGCUUCAGCAAGGAAUUCAGAGGUCUGGUUGAUUUACACGAACGUGGCAUACUCCACUUGCAUACAGGCUCCUGUUCUUGAGGUUGUGAGUGAGCUUCAUGAUUGGUGAACUGUCUGGUGUGCAUCUCCCCUCAACUGGACCCUCUGUGUUGAGUUUGCCAACUACAGUGAGGGGGAGGGGUUCAACCCAAAAGAAGAAUUUGAUAGUAUGAAUUAUGGAAGUUUAUGAGUACAAGAAUUGUGCAAAACAGUUCAUAAGGGGGGUUGAAAAGUGCUCAUGAAUUCUCAACAAAUUUUGUGUUCAAAUAGGAUCCUAUUUUUUUAUGUAUUAAUUGUAUGUAAAUCAAAUUAAAGUAUUUUUCGUUUCAUCAUUAGAAUCUUGGGGUUAGUUCUACUGGGGAAAGAAUUUAAUCGUAGUGUAGUAAACCUACCUCUUCUGAAUUCCGUUUGAGGCAAGUUUUACUACACCACUAAACCAUUCAGUAUUUUGUAUGGUACUUGAACCAAACAUGCCAUCACAAACGUGACAUAAAAUCAAACUUCAGAGGUUCAACAUGCCCGAAAGGGCUUCGCUUUCGCUUUUAUAGGGUAAACCUAUGUGUCUGGUCUAGGUGUUGUGUUGUGUAGAUGUUUAUGAGUGGGUCUUGAAUUGAAAUUACAUUGAAAAUGAAGAUCAGUGGUCUGGCAUUAGUCGUCAGUGUGCCUUCUAAUCGCUAUGAGGAACACCUAGGUCGUUCCAUACCACACAUGUACGUGCGGGUAAGUUCAGCCUUGUCUACAAGCUGAUUAAUGCUGGGUGCGAAAGCAAAGCGAUUUUGUGACGCCAGAUCGAAUAUACGCGUCGCGAAUUCGCAAAAGUUGAACAUAUUAACUCGAGCGAAAUUUGGCUGUUGAACGUUAAAUUCGCUUCUCUUUCACCUAUGAACCGGCCUCUAUGCUGGCCACCGCACGCCAUCUUACACUAACUGAACAUUUUUUUCAGUAUUCAAGCUUCUGAGCUACCCGUUUUCGAAUGACAUGCCUUUGUAUUUAUAAAACACCGAAUUGGCUCGUUCCUUCAUUACAAAAACUGUUUGUAUUUGUUUUUACUGAAAAGAAUGACAGCUGCCUGCUACCUUUCCUGCAAUGACAAGUAACAAGUUGCCGUCCAAAUUGCAAAAUAUUGAUUUCGGACAAAGUACAGUAUUUAAUACGAUAGUAUUCCUUUCAAACAGGGUUUAAAGAUUUUUGAUUUAAGUUAAAAACAUGAAAGCGGUGAAGCAAGCCUUUUAAAAUGCAAAAAUGAUAUAAAACGUUCUAUGCACCACUGCUGUAUUUUUUUAAUCAAAAACUUCAGAUCUGUAAUCUGUGAUACGUGUAGAACAUUGUUAUGUGUACGUUUACUUGCAACCUUAAUGAAAUAGCUUUAAUGUUUUAGCGGUGCUUUAUCAAAUUGUAAAAAAAAUGUCAGUCGCCAAAAGGCUGGUCCCUUCAGUUACAUCUCUGCCAAUAUGUUUGCAUAAUACAUUUUGUGUCCCACAACCUGGAUUGGGCCUCUGCUUUGAUCACGAGCAGAGUUUUCAACUGCUUCCUUUGAGAGUCUUGGCUCUGAUUCUUUCCGUGGGAGGGGUUUAAAGCGACAAGCUACAGCCUGUGGCGUAACUAGGGUUAAAUGUCUGGGAGCACCCGGGGUGCACCCAAUAUUUCAAGGGGGCACCAAGAAAAGAUAGGCACAGUCGUAUAAAG